AUGUUGGUAGAGAUGAAAAGCUUCAUUCCUUCUUCAUAUACUUUUGAAACAAAAAUCCAGAAGAUAAAGCAAGAACUUUUAACAAAUAAUUUAGACUGUAGUGCGAAAGAUGAAACAAAUGAACAGUAUCUUUAUGAAAUGCAGGACCUCAUCGACCAUUUACCCAAAUUGCCUGAAAUUCAGCAGCAAAAACUCACUAUUCCCGAAUUUGACGAAAUAGAAGUCAAAGCAACUGACUCGGUAGAAAUAAAGAAGUUCAUACGUAAGGUAAACUAUGAGUUUCUUGGAUUUCAUUGCAACCACAAAGUCAUGGACAAAGAUUGCGACAUGGUAUAUAAGAACAUCUCUGACAUAUAUAAAUCUGAAGAAUUUAAGACCUACGACAACUUUGUUUCGUUAGUUGCUGAAUGUGUAUGGCAGAUAAGAGAUAAAGAUAGAAGAGGCAAAGUAUGGAACGAACAAAUAAGACCCGCUAUGUUUGAGUUAAAGAAAACCAUUGACGCCUUAGUUGUUUUAGCAGGUAAGGUUUCAGAAUAUAACGCAAAAAUGAACCCGCAAUGUUCUAAAUGUAAAGCAGCAAUGAGGAAAUAUAACUACUCCGUCAAAGAGAUAGAAC